AUGCGCCAAGCACCCACUCCAAAUGACAGUGCCGCCGCCGCCGCCGCCGCCGCCGCCACCACCACCACCACCACCACCACCACCAUCACCACCACCACCACCACCACCACCACCACCACCACCACCACUACCACUACUACUACUACUACUACUACUACUACUACUACUACUACUACUACUACUACUACUACUACUACUACCACCACCACCACCAGUUUUGAUGCAUGGGAUAGAAGCUCGGGAUGCAAAAGUCUGCCAACGCAGCUGAACUGACAGGCUAAUCGCGAGCGCCAGGGCAUCGACUACAGGAGCAAUCUCCUUCUAGAAGGGGACACUGGCACGCGCCCUCAGGAGGUCAACUCGCAUGCAUUUUCUGUUCGCUCCUAUACACGGCUCACAACUCACUCAGCCUACACCGAAUAAACUUCCUUAAUGGUAACGUCCUGUAAUUUUUGUUGUAUCAUACCAUGUUGCGACUGCCAACAUAUCUCGUCUAUCCUUGGUCUCAGUACCUUAUUCACAAUGAGGGCUUACAUUCAUGGAUACGCAGUGGUUCACGGGCAGUCGACGAUUAACAUCCAAGUAGCUACACGUGCCUACAGAUAGCCCACAGGUCGCGGUAAGUGCUUUUCGAGGUCGAACGUGAUGUGCUUAGAGAACUCAAGGCCGGCAAAGACCUAGUUAUCGUGCCAGCGGACAAAGGACGCUCCACGGUUGUACUGGACAGGACAGACUACCUUCAAAAAGCCAAAGGUUUACUAGAAGACCGACAGUUUUAUCUCCCAUGUGCAACGAACCCUGUAAAAGCUCUGACACGCGAAAUUAAUGCUACGUUGUUGGCCUUGGAGAACUCGGGUGCAAUAACACCGUCCGACAGACGCAUGGCGAGACCCCAAGAUAGGGCUUUGGCUCGAUUCUAUGACCUCCCUAAGGUGCACAAAUAGGGCGUUCCUCUCCGACCCAUCGUGUCGCUUAAAGGAACCCCAACGUACGGACUGGCUAAGUGGCUGUUCCGGCGUCUCAAGUCCCUGACCGCUGAGUCAGACACCACGGUCUCUUCGUCAGCACAAUUUCUGGAGAAACUCAAAGGGGUAAGCCUCCAUCCAAAAGAGGUAAUGGAAUUUUUUGAUGUUACGUCCAGUUUUACUUCCAUUCCCCAGGACCUGGCGACCGAGACAAUCGAGCUGCUUCUACAAGGCAAAUACGAUGAAACGGCGAAUCACCUCAGACAUGCCCAAGUCCUUCAGUUCCUUCAGUUCUCUCUCAGGACGUACUUCACGUUCGACGGGACGAUCUACGAACAGGUGAAGGGUACACCAAUGGGUUCGCCGAUUUCGGGAUUCAUCGCCGAGGCAGUCCUGCAACGGUUAGAGUCGCUGGUCUUUCAACACCACAAACCGAAGUUCUGGGCCCGGUAUGUGGAUGAUACCUCCGUCGUUAUCGAUCAGGAUCAACUGUUGACAUUCAAGGAACAUCUGAAUGCGGGCUUCCUGGACAUACAAUUUACGUUGGAGGAGGAAAAGAACAACCAGCUGGCCUUCCUGGAUGUCCCCGUAUGCCGCUAA